AUGGGUGGGGAUGCUUCCUCCUCAAGUAGAAAAAUGCAUGCCAGGCAGCCCUGGUACCACAAGGUGUACUUGGCUGAGUACCAUCCUGCCAAGUAUCGAAAGGGUGAGCCUACCAGGGUCAUCUCCUUCAUGGAGGCUGACGAAGAAGAGGCCCUGUACCCCCAUGACGAUGCGUUGGUGGUGAUUAUGCUGGUCGCCAACUUCACCACCUGCAGAAUCCUCAUUGAUAAUGGGAGUUCUGCAAACAUCCAAUUUUGGGAGACCUUAACCAGGAUGGGAAUGAUGUUGCCCGAUGCGAGGCAAAACGAAAGAGAGAGUGUACGCCAGUGGGUUGCAGAUAUCAGAGAUGUUGCUUAUGACGCCGAAGAUAUUAUUGAGAGGUAUGCCCUCAAAGUUGGCUCCAGAAAGGAAGGAGGCAUACAAAAUGUCCUCAAGAGGUUUGCUUUCAUCUUGGGAGAAGCAAAAACUAUUUUCCAAACUAGCUCAGAGAUUGGUAAAAUAACAAAGAGAAUUUCUACAUUGAACUCACGUUUACAAAAUUAUGGCAUAAAAUUUGAUUCGAUGGAAGGUGGAGGCCCGAGUUCUUUGAGCGAGAAGAUAAGAGAGCAAAGGCAAACUUAUGCGCAUGUUGAACAUGAUCAUGUUGUUGUUGGAUUGGAGGAUAAACUGAAGGAGGUGGUGGCAUGUUUGACAGAAGAGGUCAAAUACAAGUACAGAGUCGUUUCCAUAUGUGGUAUGGGUGGUCUUGGAAAGACUACUCUUGCUAGGAAGGUUUAUCAUCACCAAGAAGUCAAGAGUCACUUCAAUUGUCGUGCCUGGGCAUGUAUUUCCCAACAAUGUCAAAGAAGAGAUGUUUGGGAAGGAGUUAUGAUCGGUCUUAUCUCUCCAUCUAAAGAGAAGAGAGAUGAAAUUCGAAGCCUGAGAGAUGAAGAGCUUGCUGAGAAACUUUGUGAAGUUCAGCGCCAAAAGAAAUGUUCGGUGGUUCUAGAUGAUAUCUGGAAAGUUGAGGAUUGGAACAGUUUAUGUGCUGCCUUCCCAAUGAAUGAUACAAACAGCAGAAUAUUGCUUACCUCUCGUAAUGAAGGCUUGGCUUUGCAAGUAGAUCCAAGGGGCCCCCUUCACAAAUUAAAGUUUCUAAACGAUGAAAACAGCUGGGAAUUGCUUCAAAAUUUAGCAAUUUCAUGGAGAGAAGGAGGACUUUUGGCAACAAAGCAAACGAUUGAAGACUGGGAAAAAGUGCAGAGAAAUGUUAAAUCAUACCUUCAUCAACAGAGAGAUCUUGGAAUAAGCGCGGUGUUAGCUUUAAGUUAUGAUGAUUUGCGUUUAGACUUGAAAUUGUGCUUCCUAUAUUUAGGCCAUUUCCCAGAGGAUUUUGAGAUAACGGACUAA